GGGGCUGGCUCGGGGCCGGGCCUCGCCGCCGCCCGCCGCGCUCUGGGGCAGCGGGCGGCGCUGGGAUGCCGGGCCGGGAGGCGGAGAUGCAUCCAGUCCUAAAGGCCUUUGUGUGUGGCUCCAUCAGUGGCACUUGUUCCACGCUCCUCUUCCAACCCCUUGACCUGCUGAAAACCCGCCUGCAAACUUUGCAGCCUGCUGUGAAUGGGUCUGGUCGUGCUGGGAUGGUAACACUGCUCUUUAGGGUUGUUCGUACUGAGAGUAUUCUGGGGCUAUGGAAAGGUGUCUCUCCAUCCUUUGCAAGAUGUAUUCCUGGGGUUGGGAUUUACUUCAGCACAUUGUACAUGAUGAAGCAAAAGUUUCUUGUGGACCGUUCACCCACAGCCCUGGAGUCUGUCUUCCUGGGUGCCGCUGCUCGUGCAGUUUCUGGGAUUUGCAUGUUGCCAGUGACUGUAGUGAAGACGCGAUACGAGAGUGGAAGAUUUGGCUAUGGGAGUGUGUAUGGAGCUCUGAAGAGUAUCUAUCAGACCGAGGGGGCUCGUGGCAUGUUCAGUGGGCUCACGGCAACGCUGCUGCGGGAUGCACCCUUCUCUGGCAUCUACCUGAUGUUCUACACACAGACCAAAAACCUCACACCUCAGGACCAGAUGGAUCCAGUGCUCGUGCCCUUGCUGAAUUUUGGCUGUGGGAUCUUUGCAGGGAUCUUGGCCUCUCUGGCAACGCAGCCUGCUGAUGUCAUCAAAACACACAUGCAGCUGUCACCCCAAAAGUACCACAGGACAAGCCAGGCCAUUGCCUUUAUCUACAAGGACUUCGGGCUGGUUGGCUUUUUCCGAGGUGGUGUGCCCCGACUUCUCAGGCGUACUCUGAUGGCAGCAAUGGCAUGGACGGUGUAUGAACAGAUGAUGGAAAAAAUGGGCUUGAAAUCCUGACUGAGUUGCACAAGAAAGGACCAGCUUCACUCUUUCUCCCGCUUGUGAUCAACUGGCACUGAGAAGUUCCCAGUUCUACAGAGGAAUAAGCCUUUCUCAGCCUGGAGGAAGAAAGCCCUUCUGAGACAGGGGAUUAGGCCUUUUGGCAAGUAGAGGAAAGGAGAGAUUGGAUGUUUACGUUGUUUGAUCAAUGCAUUCCAGAAGGACUGCACUUGCAGACUGCCAUGGGAAAUGGCAAGGUUUUCACAGCAUGGUAACUAUGCUGAGAAGCCCCUUUUAAAAAUAACUCUGUGCUCACCACCUUUAUGCAAUGAGACAGUAUUAGAGCAAAAGUGUUUGAGGAGAAAACUGAUGGCAGAACUUGCCAGCCUGUUCCUUGCAGGCAUGGCCAGAAAGGCCACAGUGACCACCAUCUGAUGUAGAUCCUCCUUCCUUGUAUGCUUUAUUCACACAGGGAAACACUAGGCCCUGGUGGGAAACUGGAUGUGUCUCAUGAUGCUUAUAUUACAGGAGUGGGUGGAAGAGAAAUGAAGUGCAGAGGAAAAGCCACAAACAGUCUCUGCCAUAACUUUUGUACUGUGGAUGAUUGCAGAGAAAGUGACUGGAACUGCCUUGCUGUGUUAUGUGUUAUUAUGUUAUUGAGCACCUUAACACUCCUGAAAUUUCCUUCUGCCUCUACAGCAGAGUUUGCACAGGAAUUAAGAAGCAUAAGGCACUUUAGAAUUGAUCGCUACCAAAGUUCUACUUGUUCUCUGAAAAGAAAAAAAGCUGCUGGUCUAACUACAGCAGGAGCACUCAAGUGGGCUUUGUUGGGGUUUUUUAUGCAGUUGUCAUAGAGAUUUAUUUGCUUCCUACUCUAUUUGUUACUCCCUGAUCAACACCCUCAGUGUGAACUGGUCCUUAGAGGGAGCUUUUAGGGCCAUGACUCAUAAUGCAUAUAUGUAUAAUGGAAACAGAUAUAGAUACUGGCACUUCAGAUUUCCCUUAAAACAUCACUGAUUGCAUGUGGAGUAUGUUUUGGUUUGGAAAGAAAAAGUUGCUAUUUCUGUAAGCUUUGUCCAAAGUUUGAGCCCUGUGGUAGUGACCUUUAAUUCCCUUGGGGUUCUACACAGACUCUUCCCAUUUUCCUGGUUGAUCCUUUUCUCUUAUCAGGUAGUCCAUGUGCGAGUAUGCCUGAGUUUAAAUACAUUUUUCAUCCUCUGUGCCUUCUUAGUCUUUCUUACUGUGUUAAUCAGACCUCACAGUGUGUGCCAGGUGCAGCCUGAUCCCCCCUUCACUUGUGCCUCUGUGAUGGUUGGGUCCCUUGCAGCUCUGUUAGCAUAGCCAUGAAGCUGGCUUGGAAGUGUGCAUCGUGUUCUGUAGUGUACCUUGCAGAAGACUUAGCUUUGGCUUUUAUUUUCUUAAAUGUCUAGGGAUAUUGCAAUUCACUUUAGAACCAGAGCACCUGUCCCUAAACAUGAAGAGAUGACACUGUAGCUGUUUGAAAAACCAGUGCUACCUACCUGUUGUUCAUAAAUUUUAGAGUGUAUUUUGGGCAAUCAUUGCCUGCCCGGGCAACUUCCCGAGUGCAAGAACAGAGGGGAUGUGGAACGUUAAAGGUGUUCUUUACUGGAUUUCAACUCCAAGAAGGCUUGAUGACUGAUGUAAAAGUUGAGGGAAGUGUAAGAGGACAGGCUAGAGGCUUGGAAAGUGCUGCCUGUUUUCAGACUCAGCCCAUCUGUGAGGGGAGGUUCGUGCUCUCCAGUGCAGGAAUCUCCAAGAAUGGUGGUGGAGGAUUCUGUGUGCACAUGUCUGCGUGUUAGCAACAGAGCACUGCAUCAAAUCAGGCAUGUAGCACAUUAUUUGCUAAAACAUAAAUGUGAACACCUGUUCCUUUCUUUUGCUGUUCUUUCUGCCCUUAGUGACCAGAACUUGUGAGAGUGCAUGAAACCGUCGUAACUGCACCUCCUGCUUGUUUGCUAUCCUGAGCGCUACUGACACAGAGCUGGAGAACCAAGUCUAGGACUGCUGACCUGGCAGAAUAAGGUGGCAAAUAGAUGAGUUACCUCAUUUGUCCUUUAUUCCCUUAUGUAUGGGAUCAAACAAACAUUGUGCUUGGGAGCCUGAAUUAACUUGGUGCUUUAUGAAUCUAGCGUUUGAGUCGGAUCUGUUGAUCAUCCUGGGCUGUGGUAGCCAAGGGCAGUGUGUAGGGUCACCUGCAAGGUGCAAUGGCAAAGCAAUCUGCAACCUGCGCAGACAGAAACUUAAGCUCUUAAAAAUGAGGCAGGCAAGCAAAGAAUGUGAGGUAAUCUGGAAUUAAGUAAUGUCCUCAUCAGAAACCUGAAUUUCAAGAACACUUUGGUGGCUUUUAUGUCCCUGUACUCCUGCCUGGUCAAGUAACAAAGGAAGAAAUAGAGAGUUUAUUCCCAUUUGUUAAUGUUUUAAGGUCUGCUGUGGGAUUUUUUUUUGUUUGUUUUAAAUCUGGAAUCAGGCCUAUAGCAGUGUUAGCUUUUACUUUGGGAAAGUUUUUCCAUUCUGCUUUGGUGCUUUGUUAUUGGAGUAGAAUGAAAAACUGUAUGAUUUUUGGCUUGUGGAUUAACCUGGGCUCCUCUGGGUUUAAGAAAUAGAGAAUCCUAAUUGCAUUGUGUGUCAUCUACCAUUGGUGCUGCAAAUCCAAAAGCUUAUCUACCUGUGAGUUGGGUAGAAUGAAUUCUGUAGUGCAAGCUUGUUUGUUUCUCUUUGUCAGGUGUCAUAUAUGGGGGAAGGGAAAUCUGCUUCACUCUGUUCUUCUGAAAGCUUUAUCACAUGGUCAGGCAUAAGACUAUUUCUCAGCUCUGAUCCUUACUGUCCUUCACCCUUUUCUCCUCUUCAAAAACAUUCUGUUUCUGAAGUGAUUUAUUGAAGUUACUCCUUGAUAGCUAUAGCAAGUCAAGACAAUCAAGUGCAUAGAGUUGAAGUUUAGGUGUAUUCCCCUUGAGGUUUAAUGCUUCUAUGUAGCAACAAAUUGUCACUGUACAGCCUAAAGGUAAAGUAAAUCAAAUAAAAGAUCUGGACAGAGGUGCUUAAUCACCUACCUGCAUCAUGCCAGCAAUUCAACACUAGCAAUCUUGUCAGAUAAUCAUUUCCAAAGCCAUCUUGGCUUGGAUUCUGGAGACAGUGGUGUUCUCCCUCUGCACUUCAGGAUUGCAGUUAGAUCCCUCUUGGACUGACCUCUGUUGCUGGCAAUGCACUGUUAGUGAUCGUGCACUGUCUCUGCUUGCCCUGCAGCUGUGGCUAAGAAAACGGCUGGCAUGUUGAGGCUGGCAGUGUUUAAGUGAGUUGUAAGGACACAAGAGAAAUAGUCUGAUUAUUCAUGCUUUAGAAACUUUGUUUCCAUUAUUCCUUUGUGAUGAUUUUUUUGGGGUUUUUUUUUUUUUCCUCUUAAACAGAACUGGAACUUUGGAACAUUGCAUAGCUUUGAGUAUUGUGAGUUCUUAUGUGUCUGUAUAAAAUAUUUAUGUGAAAAGGUGUAUUAUAUGUUUCUAUUAAAAACCAGUUGCUAAAAUUAA